GACCCUUUGACAGCUUUUGAUUUGGCAUCAUUCUAUCAACUUGUUUUCCGCAAUGGAUGAUGCCAAAGCGGCAGCCGACGGGAUUUUGGACUCCCUGAGACAGUUGGUGAAUGCUAUGGCAUCACUGGUGCCAAGUAGCGCUGGCCGUACUUGUGCCACUGACGCUGUGGAUGCACGAUCUCUGCCGGCUUUGACCAAGGCCUUGAGGCGGCUCUGGUUUGAGACACACCUUGAGGCAACCGAGGACUGGUGCGAAGAGAAGCAGGCCAUUUGGCUUAGUCAAUUGCUGCUGAUUUUGGCUGGGUCCAGAGAAGCUGUGCUCUCCUUCUAUGCUGCAGGCUUGUUACUGUGCAAUUCCUUGCUGUGCUUUGCGAAGGUUUUGUAUCCCCAUGUGGGCAUGGAGCCCGACGAGGCCUGGUGCCAAGGCCUUGCCGCUGUCCAGACAGCUCUAGAAAGGGACUUCCAAGAGGAACUCCAAUACCUACCCGCAGACCACCUCGGUGGGAGCAAGCGUGAUGCCAUUGUCUCAACAAACCGAUUGCCUGCUCUCUUCCGACGGAUGUUUGACCUCGAAGGGCACAAGUUGACGCCAGCACAGAAAGGUGGACUGGCUGUGGCACUUGUGGUACCUGGAACUGGACUGAUAACAGCCGGGGGCAUUGGUACAGCUUUACUGCUGCGAAAGGCCCGCCAGGCUGGAUCAGAAGAUGACCCACUGGAGCGCCUCUUUACAAAGUGCUUGGAGGAGGCUAAAAUUGCAAUUCGUCGCAAGUUAAAUCCAAUUGAAGUGACAUACCUGCAUGGCGCAGCAAAAGGCCCCUCCAAGGUGAAAGUGUGUGUCCAAGCACAAGAGUCCCUGGUUCCACAUGUGCUGCACAGCUGCAAGAUGCAAAGCGUUGCGAAGUUGAACACAACAAGUCGUGGAUCUCGGGUCUCGAGUAUCAAUGAACAGCCUGCAACUAGGAAGCGUUCAUCAUAUCCUGAGGCCAUUGGGAAGCCUUGGACAGCACGGGGUGAACACUGCGAUUCUGGAGUUGGGGCAAAGCUGCCAACUGCGACCAACUGGAUCCGAUGUCAUCAUUCUGCGGGUCUUUCGGCCUUCCCUCAUCAAUGAGCCCAUACAUGAGGCUGUUGAGGUUUGGCGUGGUGCGAAGGUGAUCUUAGUUCCCAACGAGGACGGCCUGGUGAAGUGCUAUGUGCGGAAGGAAAGGACUUCGACAAAGACCGGAGCUUCGCCCAGUGGAUAUGCUGAUGGGACGCACUAACCAAGCAUCAUGCAGGACUAGACUAGACACAGCAAGUUUGCGGAGGGUGCGCAAUUGCAGCAGACCAUUGCUUUUGGUGAAGCAUCCCAAGUGUGGCUAUCCAGUUAUUCCUGACUAGAAAGAGGCGAGUUGUCCAUUGGCUCAUUGUGAGCCCAAAGAAGGACUCAAAAUGACUUUUGUGGAGAGGACUCCAGUCAAACUUCUAUGUCCUAUUUGGACAUUGGGUGAGAGAAGCGUCCAAAGGUCUACAAACCUCUCAGCCAUUUUCCACAGCAUAAUGCUGGCUUGCAAGAUCAUAAACAUGAACACCGCGUGCGCUGCGAGUCUGCGAAGGAAACAAAUCAAAGCCACUGAAGCUACGAACGGGGCUCCUGGCCUUACUACUAGGAGCAAGGACGCUACUAGGGG